CCACAAUGUGUUCAAUUUUCAAUUUUUUUCAUUUUUAAAGAAAUAAAUCCCAAAACGGACACUUCUUCCAACUCAUCUUCAACAAAUAUUUUCUUUCCUUUUUCUUCACUGCUGUUGCUUUCUAUUGUCGUCUUCUAUCUCUCUCUCUCAUUCGGAUUAAGUUCCCAUACCCACUCAUUUCCCCUCCUUUUUCAUUUUUCUUCAAUCAUCUCCUACAAAUUCUCCAAUGUUUAAUACCAGAUUCAUCAUUUCAUUCGCAAAUCUAUAUACUUUUACUACUUCCCACCACUUCUGAGGAAUCUAAAGCACCACUUUGUCACUUAAUUUUGUUAGAAUGUUCUCAAAGACACUAGCUUUUGUUUUACACAUCUUUUUCUUCAGCUUCUAUACUCCUUGUCUUGCCGGCUUUCUAGCCCAACCAGUAUCUAACCAAAACCAGCCAAUAAAACUGGGGGACUACUCCACCGCUAAUACUGUCCCGGCAUUCCCUGUUCAAUCAGAGUCGCAAACUUGUCGGUUGGACCUCUCAGAGGAGCUCUUUGGAGGCGUCAACGAAGCGUGUGGCCGAGACCUGGACAGGAGCAGGUGUUGCCCGGUUUUAGCGGCGUGGCUCUUCGCUGCUCAUGCCCGGUACGCCCUCCAGGUCCCAGCAUCUGCCCCGGCAUCGGCGGAACCUAACCAACCAAUGAUGCCGGACGACUCGCAAAAAUGCGUGAAUACGUUGCAAAGAGCAUUGUUGAGCAAGAACGUGAAGAUACCGCAACCCAAUACGAGCUGUGAUGCUAUAUUGUGCUUUUGUGGCAUUAGGCUUCACCAGAUCAGCUCUUUAAGUUGUCCUGCGGCUUUCAGUGUCAGCUCUGGGUUCCAUAAUGCUACUCCCACUGCUGCUGUGAGAAAUUUGGAGAAGAAUUGUAACAAUUCCUCGUAUGCUGGGUGCACGAAUUGCCUUGGCGCCCUCCAAAAGCUAAAAGCCAGCAAUAAGAACAAAAGAGAGGAAGAAAGAGAUGACAGGGCAAGAAAGAUGUUCAGUAGGGAUUGCCAGUUGAUGGGUCUCACAUGGCUGCUUGCCCGGAACAAGACUGCCUUUAUACCAACGGUUUCAGCUGUUUUGCGAGCCAUAAUGUACAGUGCUCAUCCACCCCACAAGUCCAAGUGUAGCCCGGACCAAGAAAACAUGCCAUUGGCCGUUGAUUCUCUGCAGUUCGAAAAGGCACAAUCUUGUUCGUCGCCGCUAUCCUGGUCUCUUUUGCCCGUAAUGAUUCUGGUUUCCCUGUUUGUAUAUUAAGGCCCUAGGGGUUUCUUUCCCUAUCCCCUCCCUCCUCCCUCUGUAAGUUCAAAUUCUUUUGUACCAGGCCGUCGAUAGUCGAGCAUCUUGUGAAGCUAGCAGAUAUAACGGUAAUUGGUAAUUGGGGUUAUUUUUGUCUU